UGUGAAAUGUUGACUGUUGCACUUAUUUAAGAACAGAGGAAGUAUAUUUUAUCCCAAAUCAGGUACCAUUUAAAAUGGAACUGGACGAGCAGCUGCUUAGCCAAAAGCAUAAGUCAGACUAGGCCAUUGCAUAAAAAAUCAAAUAAUGUCUUGUAUGUUGAAGGAAAUUCUAUGUAGUGUGCUAUCGUUUAUAUAGAAUAUGUAUUAGGGUCAUUUCUAUGUAAUCUGGGCCUAUUGGCCCGUACUUGUAAACCCCUCUAUCCCUAUUUAUAGGGGCAUUCGGUAAUGAAACUCUACGAACAAUUCUCCCUAAAACACGUUAUCAGCACGACUCUAACCCGAAAACCCUAAUCACUUUUCUUUUCCUUUCUCCGAUGCUAAUGCCGUCCUGCCGCCACCUUUAGAAUAGACCAUUCUUUUCCAUGGAUGGACAAACCAGUUCUUCCAUCGGCAUCCUCUCUUCAUCAGUGUCAUAUGUUGUUUUACCCGGUACCGCCGGCCUUAUCGGUUGUGAUUCAGAAAUCCUUACCAUCCUCCAUUUUGUGAAGCUAGAGGCAAAAGAACCCCAUCUUUCUCACCCGCACAAGGCUUCACCGCCAAAGCCGUGCUUACUGCCACCAGCUUCAAUUACUGGGUUCCGCCACCCUCCGGAUCUGUGGCUGAAAGUCGACAUUUUUUUCUCCAGCCUGACGUUUCUUCUUCUCUUUGCCUAGAAUGGACCGACCAGAUAUGCAUUUGGUGCUCAAGGCAAUAGCCGCCCCUCAAUCGGCCGCCCCACUCAGUCUCUCGCUGCCGCUGGUCGGAUCCCGCCGAUGAAGCCCGACACCUGCCGGAUCUAGUGCUAAAGACAAUCACUAGCCACUAAUGUUUCUAGCUCGCCGGCCGCCACCGCUGGUCUGCGGCCCAUUAUCGGCGCUGGCAGCUCGCCACCGACGUUACACGAAGAGAACAUAGGACCCAAAAGUGUAAUUUAGAUGAAGUUCACUCGACGAAACGCUUGGCCCAUGACAGCUGAUGGAAGGACGCCAGCGUUUUGUUUGCACGUGGCUAUUGCAAGCAGAGGGCAGAAGAACGUGGAGGGCCCCACCAAUUCAGGUAUUCAAUGGACUUAAUACAAUGAAUUCAUUUACACUCCGUACUCCUAUUAUUUAUGAGUAUUUGUUAAUCACGUAUCAACACACCAAUUCAGAAUGGGGUCUAUGCUUCUGAUACUUGAAUUCUACGUAUAAUUUAAAUUUUCAUUUUCAACUAUGAUGAUAUUGACAGUGAACUACUUUGAAAAGAUAUUAAAAAUAAACAAACGUGGCCUGGAAUGUAGGCAUUCACAGUUUCACACUUUUUUUUUAUAUAGACCGUAAGUGUGUAUGUUCACUGAUGUGCUAAACUGCUAAUGAAUUUCCAAUUCAUUUUUUUUUAGUGUAUAUAUGCCUAGUCUUUUUUAAGUUUCAUUCUAUUUUACAGUUCUAGUUGGCCAUAUAAGUAAUUUCUUUUCUGAUGAGAACUCGUAUGUCUUUUUCUGCCCUUCAAUUCAGUUUUUUAUUAAUAGUAAUACGAGUAUUAUAUACUAUCGUAUCUAUCUCUAUAUAAAAAGAGGUGGAAAACCAGGUGGUUUUCCCGCUCAAAAGAGUCACAUCAAAUAGAGGGAGAGGUGGGCCAAGCCACACAAUUAUCUGGAGGUUAAAACUAUGCUUUCUAUCCGAUGUUAAUCAUCUCUCGGUUGAAUGGGGAUCACUCAUGCAAACUGAUUAGUCUGGGGAAUAGUGUACUGCAGCAUUCAAAGGACUGACAUUCUAGGGAGCUAGGAGGCCUACACAAAAUUCCUUUGAAAUCAAUACGGAGUACUUCGUAUUUUCAAAGGCUGUUCUGACAGCACCUAGAGUCGUGGUCCAAGCAGAAAAAUUUCUAUUACUGCGUAAGAAAGCUUGCUGGACAGUUUAUGAAUUUCUUCUUUUGAGAAGGAAACUGAUGGUAGACCUUUGAAACGGGAGGGGUUUUUGAGGGGGAUGGAGGUGUUUUGUGUGAGGCCUUCUGCAAAAGAGUGCAUUGUGCGCGGAAUGCAUGUGGUUGUUUUUGUGUUUGGGCCACUGGUGGCGGUUGGAUGUGGUGAAGCGUACGUGGAGAUGGUUGUCUGAGUUAAGCUUGAGUUGCCGUUGGGGAGUUUUGGGGGGGGGAGACGGUGAGGGGCUGUGGUGGCUGGAUCCAGCGCCAUGGUUGCUGCAGCUAUGGGCUGUGGAGUAGGGGAGCAGGCGAUCAGUAGUUCAGUUGAUGAGCGGUUGAGCCUGGGCAAGUAGAUGGGUUAGCAGGGGAGGGCCUGUGGCUAUGGAGCAGGAUAGCAUGAGAUCAGAGAGGCCGGCAGAGGGUAGCACACGAGUGGCCGGAGCAGGAGUCUUGGGUCGUGGGCGCCGCCGUUGACUCGGCCUGCAAUUCAGCUUGGCCGCCUGGGAGAGUAAGCGGGCUGUUUGGCAGACUGGUGGCCUUUGUGUCUCUGGGCUUUAAUUGUUGGAAAUUAUUUAUUAUUUCAAAUAAAUAUAUUAUAUUAUUAAUUUAGUGUACACGGUUAGUUUAAAAUGGUUUAUACUCUAUAUUUGAUAAAUCCUUUUUGUCAUGAUAAAUGAACCAUUGGUACGUGGCUUACUUUAGUUGCUUAUACGGACAACUGGCCUGGACUAAGUGAUAGUUUUACUUUUUCCAUUUUAUUAUAAUUGAUUGAGUUAAUAUUUCAGUCCAGAUAAUAUGUUGAAGUUUUCUACGGAUGUAUUUUUGAAUACCUCCGCAUUGAACGAGUAAGAUGGAAUCGUGGGCACGUUGCUUGGAUGACCGCAUAUAUCUCCUACGCUCGAGGAUGAAAAACUCCAACUGAUAAUUUUUCUUUGUUUUGAAAACUUGGACGUAUGUCUAUAAAUAUGGCCGGAGAUACUUUUCAUGGGUGUGGAAAAAAACGUACAUCCACUCUUUUGAAACAUAUUACACAUACCAAUAUACUACCAAACUGCUGGGUUAUAAAAAUUCUUUUCUCCUCGUAGUUUUUGUGUCCGGCGAAUUAGCCGAAGAGCCCGUUAUAUCUUGGGGGAAGAUUUCCGGCCACCGGAAAUACUUUCUUUAGGACAGCGACUAGCGCGUCUCGGGCUGUUUUAUUUUUCUAACAUUGUUUUGCAGGUUCCGACGAAUUUCUCCAACAAUCUAAAGAAAGUAUUACUAUGGCGUCGGAUACACCUACUCAAAUAAUCUCAGUUCCGGACACCCCCAACGGAAAAGGAGCUGCAAACAAUGCCGACUCGCAUGUUAACAUGCAAUUUGAGGUCCAGCCUAUCCAUGCAAAACCUUUUCCCGAUAUUUCUAAAAUAGAAGUAUUUUCAGGAGCCAAUUUCAAGAGAUGGCAAGAACGCCUAUUCUCAACACUCGACGUGCAUGGCGUUGCCGACGUUCUUACCCAAUCCAUGCCGGCCAAAGACAACUCACCCGAAGGCAUCAAGCUCCUUCAACAGUGGACCCACGCAAACAAGGUUUGCCGUCAUACAAUUCUUAGCACUUUAUCUAAUGAAUUGUUUGAUGUUUAUUGCACGAAAAAGGAAGCGAAGGAAAUUUGGAGUUCUAUGAUAGCCAAGUACACGGCUGAGGACACCGUCAAGCAGAAAUUUGUAAUAGGAAACUAUUACAAGUGGGAAAUGAAGGAGGACAGAGACAUCAAGGCGCAAAUUCACGAGUACCAGACGUUGUUGGAGGACCUUAAGAGCGUCCAGAUAGAACUGCCGGAGCCAUUCGUUGCCGGGAUUCUCAUUGAAAAGUUGCCGGAGUCCUGGAGGGACUAUAGACGAGACCUCAAACACGACUUUGGACUUAUGUCUUUCAAUGAUGUGAUUACCCACAUCAUCAUUGAAGACACAAAUCGGAAGGAAAAUGUCAAGAGUCAAGCAAAGGAAUAUACAUCAAAUGCAAACUUGGUGGAGACGGAGGACAAAGGGAGGUAUGGAAAUAAUCAUUCUACUAAUAAGCCCAAUUACAAUAAAUAUAAACAAACCACACAUUUUAAAAGAAAGGAAUGUUAUGUUUGUGGAAAACCGGGGCACAUUGCUAGUAAGUGUCGAAAAAGGGCGUUUGUGAACAACAAAAAACCACCCAAACCAAGUGCAAACUUGGUUGAGGGUGAUGAAAUUAUAACUGUGGUUGUCUCACAAACGUGCCUGGUGGCGGAUGUGAAGGAGUGGGUUGUAGACUCGGGAGCUACCAGGCAUAUUUGCCAAGACAAAAGUGUGUUUUCCUCCUAUACACCAAUAGGGGAUGAAGAGGAGUACGUACAUCUUGGGGAUUCUAGAACUACCCAGGUGCACGGAAAGGGCAAAGUUAAUAUCAAACUCACAUCCGGCAAGACAUUAUCACUCACCGACGUACUUCAUGUGCCCGAGAUACGGACGAAUUUAAUCUCCGUUUCACUCUUGGGAAGAGCUGGUGUCAAGGCAUCCUUUGAAUCCGACAAGGUGGUUCUCACUAAGAAUAAUAUAUUUAUUGGAAGAGGUUAUUGUAAUCAAGGGCUUUUCAUGUUGAAUGUGUCUGAAGUAUUAAAGUAAUCUGUUUUCUAGUUUUCUAGUUGUUGAUUAAUAAGUAGUGAGCUACAUUUGUUUUCUAUUUGAUUUGCUGAAUAUUGUUUUAUUAUAUUAGUACGUACGAAAUUUCAUUUGAAUAAAUUCGGAAUAAUUGUUUUUUUUAAUGGCUUGUGAUAGUUUUAUUCAUUCAUAGUCCUACGAUGUCAAGUUUUAUAAUAUGUGUUGUGCCAUUCUUUGAAUAUUAUAAAUGCAUGGUACAUUCGUAUAUUUAUACCAUUCGUAUAUUUAUUCUACCUUUGAAAGAAAUUUUGGAUGACCUGAUCCAUUUUUUUACUUACGUAUUUGGUAUGAAAUAGCAAUUUGAUGUGAUAUACUGAAAGUUUGUUGCGAAUUCAAAUUUCUAAUGUUUAGAUUAAUUUCUUAAGCAUGCUAUCCGCACUUGUCUACAGGAAUUUGAUUUACAUACUUUUGAAGUGUUUUGUUGCACGUAUGUCCUGUUCAGUUUCAAAAAGUAUAUAUAUGCCUUAUCGUUUUGGAAUAGUUUUUUCACCGAUUAAAAUUUUCAGAAAUGUGGGGGUACUUGAUUAUUUCAGUUUUGCUCCAAAUAGUGCUGCGUAAGUUUCUUCUGUGAUUUAAUAUUAGAUUAGGUGGCAUCUGUCAUCUGUGGGAUGGAUAUGCAAACAAAUAUUUGUAAAAUUAAUUUGCAUGUAUGUGGUGGAUAACGGAAAAUAGCGUGUGCAAUUAUUUAUGCGUGCUAUUACCAGGUUGAUAGUUUUGUAAAUAUUUCGGUGGAAUAUAAGACAACAAUAUUUUAGUCUUAUAUUGAUGAUGCUCAAAUGGUGAAUUUGUUAAAACGAACAAAUUAUAUGUGUGAUACCCGACUUAAUGUCGGAAGAUUGAGCAGCAUAUAGAAACACAAAAGUGUAUUUGGUGAGCUAACCCAUUGUAUUAAAGUAAUGCAAUGAUGAUAUAAUUCUUAGAUGAUAUUGUUGAAUGUCGACUACAACGAUAUCAUAUGAAAUAUGAAGUUGUCAUAUAACUAUGACAAGUGGAGUAAAAAAAAAAAAAAAAAAAUCUCCUUUGGCCGAAAUCCUAGGAUACUAUAUUUUAUACACCGAGGGAAAUGGACUGUCACCUGUUAACAAAUAGGGAUGGUAACCCAACCUGUGUGAUUGGAGAUCCCAUGAAGCAGGUUCAUAUGGGUAAUAACAAGUCUUCUAUUUGUUCCUGCUAGCCUAUUAUGUCCAUUUCUAGGGUGAGGCUAGACUGCAUUCGCUGUGAGGCUGAGCUAAAACUCUUAAUGAUUUUCAUAGCUUUAUGGCUGGUGUGUUAAGUGCAGAACACACUUGAUGAGGUCACCUAUAUGAGUGUGAGGUGGGGCCGCUUCCAUGAAGCAUGACAACGCUUCUAGAGCACUCAAGAAUACCAAGCACGCGCACGGCCGAAAGGCGCACCACGGCGGUAACGCGAGGAAUUGUGGGGGUGAGACAUGGCCAUUAAGACCCUGACUUACCAUAGUAGCUUACUGGUUCAUAGAAACUAUAUGUUUCACCAGAAGCUCGGUUUGUAAAGACUUAAUCGUCUCGGUUUGGUUCAUAGUCUUCGGACACCAGACUUAAAGUCUCGUUCCCGUUAACCCAGCAGAUUUUCAAAAUUAUUUUAACCUUAAAUAUUUAUUUGAAAUAUGUGGGGGAUUGUUGGAAAUUAUUUAUUAUUUCAAAUAAAUAUAUUAUAUUAUUAAUUUAGUGUACACGGUUAGUUUAAAAUGGUUUAUACUCUAUAUUUGAUAAAUCCUUUUUGUCAUGAUAAAUGAACCAUUGGUACGUGGCUUACUUUAGUUGCUUAUACGGACAACUGGCCUGGACUAAGUGAUAGUUUUACUUUUUCCAUUUUAUUAUAAUUGAUUGAGUUAAUAUUUCAGUCCAGAUAAUAUGUUGAAGUUUUCUACGGAUGUAUUUUUGAAUACCUCCGCAUUGAACGAGUAAGAUGGAAUCGUGGGCACGUUGCUUGGAUGACCGCAUAUAUCUCCUACGCUCGAGGAUGAAAAACUCCAACUGAUAAUUUUUCUUUGUUUUGAAAACUUGGACGUAUGUCUAUAAAUAUGGCCGGAGAUACUUUUCAUGGGUGUGGAAAAAAACGUACAUCCACUCUUUUGAAACAUAUUACACAUACCAAUAUACUACCAAACUGCUGGGUUAUAAAAAUUCUUUUCUCCUCGUAGUUUUUGUGUCCGGCGAAUUAGCCGAAGAGCCCGUUAUAUCUUGGGGGAAGAUUUCCGGCCACCGGAAAUACUUUCUUUAGGACAGCGACUAGCGCGUCUCGGGCUGUUUUAUUUUUCUAACAUUGUUUUGCAGGUUCCGACGAAUUUCUCCAACAUUAAUUACGGUAUAAGACUUGCGGACUUCAUGAAGAAGAAGACAUGUUUUUCCGGGUUUUGGACUUACGGUAUCUACGUCCGGCUAGAUUAUUUUGAGCCUGUUACAACUGUAAUUUUUAAAUGUCAAUUACAAAAAAAAUGGCAGACAUCACAAGGGCUGCUCAAGUGCUCAAUACUCUUGCUAAAAAGUGGGUAUAUUCUGAAUAUAAUAAUAAGGAGUAAAUGUGCCAAAUGUGGGGAUUGGGGAGAUACACGUUAUAACUGCAUAUGUGUUUCGUAUUUGGGCCAAAUGUGCUUAGGUUAAUUUCUUAAGUUAGAUACUCU